AUGGAUAUCUCCAUCGAAUUCCAAUAUCAGUUGACCGCUCGAAACCCAAAAGUCCUGUUCCGCCGGUUGUUUCCACCCAGCCGAAGUUGGCACAACCUGGAAGUACUGGUAUUCCACAGAUGGAUCAGGUUAGCAAGCCUCCUGCACCGUCAUCCUUUCCUGAUCCGAGCCAAUUCGCUGUUCCCACAAGUAUGCCAGCACCGAACAACUUCACGCUUCCCCCAUCAUUUCCUCCGCCUGUUCCUAGCAUUUAUGGUGCACAAUCCACGUCGGCUCCCUCUGCUCAGGCCCCACAUGGUCAUGGAGAUGGGCACGCUCAUGAUGAUCACGGCCAUGGACAUAGUCAUGCUCAUAAUGACCAUGGGCACAAUCACUCACACAGCCCCUCUCCAGCACCAGCACAGCCUCCACAACCUCCGCAGAUGUACCAACCUCCUCCCGUAA